AAGGACAAGAGCCAUCAGCACUGAGUAAGAUAAUUGUGGUGCUAUUUUGAGAAAGUGUCAAUUGGAAUUUGAGCUGACAGUCUCGCAUUACUGUUAUCAGACCAAUGAAAGUCGGUAACAUCGAUCAGACAGUGAAGUUUUACACAGCAGCGGCGUUUUGUGUUCUUUACAGGUGUGUGAGUCAUCAUCAUGACUACACAGAGAGUUAUCCCCCUUACUGUGACAUCACGAUAUGCCAGAUCUUGGGGAACGUGGGAAGGAAUACGAGAACUCAUUCAAAAUUGGCAUGAUGGCCUUCAUUCCAUGGCAGCCAUGCUGGAUGAUCUACCUUUAGAUUCCAAUGUCAUGGUUGAAUUCAGGUGCAAGAAAAAUGUCUCUGAACAGAAAUAUGAAGCAUUAAUCAAGAACCCAGUGACCAAGAAAGAAACAAUUCUUGGACAUCUUAUAUACAGUAUAUUUGACAAUAGGCUAAUGCUAACUAAUGAAUGUACAGCACUGCAGAAGAAGAUCUUGUUGCUAGGAUACAGUGCAAAAGCUGAUACAAAAGAGGUGAUUGGCCAGUUUGGUGAAGGACUGAAAAUUGGCGCUUUGGCACUGGUAAGACAAGGUCAUUUGGUAACUAUGGAAACGGGAAGUGAUGUGUGGGAGUUCCAACUGUUGCAUAAUGAAGAAUUUGGUGAAAAAGUGUUGUCAGUGGUUAUUUCAGAAAGACUUGAGGAUCUUGAAAACAUCAAUCAAGAUAAAAGCGGUAUGGCACAAGGUCCGAGUGAGAAGUCUUAUACAUGCACAAAGAUCAGCGGCGUUGAAAACCAAGACUGGAAGAAGUUUCUGCCAAGAUUCCUGUUUUUGAGACCUCCUGCUGACUUUGUUAAAACUGAACUAGGAACAUUGCUGCUGGACCCUCACCAUAACGGUCAGCUGUACAUGAAGGGUAUUUGGGUGUCCGACUUGUCACAAGAGGAUCUGGCUGCAGGGGUGGACUUUGUCCAUCUACAGUUGGACAGAGACAGGAAUGCUGUACCCAAACCUAGUGAGAUAGACCACCAGGUUAGCGGAAUGUGGAUCCGGGCAGUGCAGAAGAAACCCAGUCUUGUAGAGAGGUACUACCAACUGUUGUUUAAUGACAAAUACAGAGAUGUGCGUCACGCUGCAGAUUAUGCAACACCUGAAAUGGCUCUAAUGGUUGCAGAUCAGUUCCUGAAACAGUAUGGUGACUCUGCCUUCCCAGUCCUGAACAACACAGAGGCAACAGACAUUCAGUCUGUGAGGGACGAGUUGCACAAGACGGUUGUGCUUUGUAAUGACACCAUAAUCAAGCUCUUGAUCAAAUCUGGUCGCUACAACAACCUCAGCUCAGCAUUAACCGAGCAGCGUAUGAAGGAAUCAGUGACUCUCCCGUAUUCCUCCCUGUCAUCUGAGCAGAGGCAUGUCCUACAGGAGGCGGUUCUCCUAACCAACAUGGCUGACUCUUCCUUCAGUCUGGCUAUUGUGGAUGUUGUUGAUACACCAGCCAGGCAGAGAGUCUCUCUCCAGACAUGCAGUGAGAGAGACGGCAGAGUGUGUAUUCCACUGUGGAUGUUGGACUUGGACGCAGUCCACAUGGAGAUGAACUUUAACCCUUCCCAGCUGGAGAAACAUGUCAAGUGCAAGUGUCGUGAGUCUGUCAUGUGUCAUGCUGUGUUGGAAGUAAGGAAACACCUGCUCAAGAUGAACCUUCUCCCCAUGACACAGGAUGGAGGCCACGCCCUGUCUCACUACCCUCUAGUGAAUGUGGUGGCAGCACUGGCUUCACAGGUGUGUGGGAAAGCCAGUGAAGCUUACUGUGCCAGCAUCCAUCAGCUGGAGUCCACAGGAGCAGACGACAGUGUCAGUGCUGACCUCCAACAUCGAGAACAAGGCUACAUGGACACAAUCAAAGCUCUCCAGGCCCAGGUGGAGUUGAUGGAGUCUGAUAGCAUCAAGUCACUUUCGAAGAUGGAGAGGAAACUGAAAUCAGCUGAGACCCAGCUGAUGCAGAAGGAGGUAGACAUUGUGAAUGAGGAAGCAGUCUUACAGACCAAGUUUGAAAAACAGCUCAAGCAGGUCAAGGCAUCGGCUGAUGUAUGUCUUAUUACUUGUUACACUUUUACCACGGCCAAGUAG